CUCGACGUCAUUGAUUCCCGGACGCUGGUGAAGUGAGCAAGACUCUACAACUGAAAUUUACUAUAAUCAACGUGUUUAUAAAGAAUAUCAAGAAUAAACACAACUUGCAAGCAGUAAACAACAACAACAGCAAGUCUUCAACAGAUUUCUACACCAGUCAUACUUGGUCUUUCGUUAGCUAACCAAGAAUUCACAAUGGCGUCACCGGUGCAAGUAUCUGCCCGCGAGGCGGCUCUGUCUGAGGAGCUGACCAGAUUUUGGGAAAGCAUGGGAAGGAAGUUUGAGCGAGGGCCCUCACACAGAACCUUCACCCCUCUCCAGCGAGACUCCUCGCAUCUUUCUUGGGAAAGCCUAGUACACCCCCAUGCUACAAAGUCGCUGACGAGGCAGAAAGAAGAUGGGGAAAGGUGGGCCGUAGAGGAGGUGUAUGAAACACGAGACGUCCACGAUACCACACUCGAGGAAUGUGAAAUUAGGUCAUGUGAUGUUUGUUUUGUGGAUGGGAGUUGUGUUGGGGAUGUGCCUGCCCAGUACAGGAUCCAGGGCCUGCAGCCUCACGAGCGACCUGUGGUGGGAACCUAUGUCGACCCGGCCAUUACUGUGGGCUUCUGUUAUCAGGUCCGACAAGCAGACUCCACCAAGCUUCUCUUUAAGGGCCAAGCUCUACGCUUGUUGUCUGUGGGGAUGGGUUACGGCAAGAGGAUCACCUUUAUCAGCAGCUCUCACAAUGUUAACAACAACUAUUUCUGGUCAGACAGUUACCCUGAGGGGUACGGCUUCAGAUUGUGUGUUGUACAGGAGGGAGAAAAAUUUACUCUAAGAGAUGCUAAUGAUGUACCUGUGGCUACAGUAGAGGCCAUGAAAAUUAUGGGAUCCCAAGUGGAGGUUGGUCACCACAUCUUUAAUGACGGUGGAGUUGAAAAGCAAGCUAAAGUGUCACUCCUGUGCAAGGUCUCUUUCUUUGAUGAGACAAGCAUGGAUCAGGUGCUUGUGGUGAAAGGUGUGGCUGUGGCAGUUAAGGCCAAAGGUUCUAGAACUGUUGCUACGUUGAAGAAAAUUAAGGAGUGUAGCUUGGGUGGAGAGCGUGGGUAUACACUGGUCCCCGGUACAGAUGCCUCAACCAUGAUUGCUGUAGUUAAUGGAGAAAAAAUUGGUGAUAUCCCAAUUAAGUACUCUGUUAAAGGUCUUCUGCCCCACGAGAUGCCGGUGGUUGGGACAUAUGUAGAUCCACGCAUUCUCACAGGGUUCAGGUAUCGCGUCCGUGCCACUGAUUCCAAGAGGCCGAUGUUCAGUGGUGCUGCUCUUACUCUUCAAGCUAUAGGCCGUGGAUAUGGUAAACGGCUAACUUUUGCAAGUGAUAACCUUAACAACAAUGAAAAUUAUUUUUGGAGUGACUCAAAUCCUGAAGGUUAUGGUUUCUCCAUUCAAGCCAUCAGUCCUGGUGAUGAUUUCAAAAUAAUCAGUUCAUCUGGGAAGGACUUGGGUCGUGCACGAGUGUUCAGAGCCGAUGCCCCACAGGUGGAGGAGAGCUACAAUGUUUCUUCUGAAGGUCAUGUGACGAAGCGAGUAAGAGUCACUGUCACUUGUGAUGUUACAUUCCUUGGAGAAGAUCAUACCCUGGUUGUUACUGGAACAGCUGUGGUAGUCCGCCGUGGACGUGUGGCCUGUGUACAGAGGCUGGAAGAUGUAGCACUGGGGUCACAAAUUAAUAUUCUCUUCAGGCAUACUAGUGAGACGAUAUUAUUUGUUCGGCAGUAAAUCCCCAUCAAAUUUAAAUUUUUAUCACAUGAUGGUGUAGAAGUAAUUUUGCAUUCACCAUAAUAAGAUUGAUCUGAUUCCGAGGCCAGGCAGCACUAAGAGGCUUUUGUUAUAAUUGUAUGUACAUUUCAUGUUAGGCCUGUAAAUAACCGUACUUUUGCUUAUGUUAUUUAUGACUGUGAUAUUGGGGGAGGUCUUAAAAACUUAUCUGAACUGUCAAACAGGUACUGUACAUGAAUAAUAUGUCUUUAUUAUAUUAUUCUCAUAUCUCUACAAAUACUGUACCUGUAUUGGACGUGCACUAAGUAUUCUCCUUGACAAGUGAUAUUAAUCAUUGGCAUGCCAUGUCACUCUACCUAGCUAUGUUAAGUUGUGUAUUUAUUUUGUUACUGUGAAUUAUUUUUGUGCUGUGAAAAUAAAUAUUCCAUUUUUA